GCGUAUACGGAUUCUUGGGCCAUGCGCUCGAAGAAGGCGUGGUUGUCGGUUGGGGGCCGGAGGGCGCUCCAGAUGGGAAAUGCGGAGAUGUAGGUCUCCGGGAAUACGAUCAGAUUUGCAUUUUGUCGGGCGGCUUGUUUCAUGAGGGAGAUGGCCUUGGUGGUGGAGUCGCGGGCGGAGAGGAAGACGGGGGAGACAUGGCAGGCGGCGAUUCGGAGGGGCAUUUUGGCGGAGUUUACAACUACUUUACUUGGGAGGAGGAAGUCAUUCAUGUUCCCCGCCCUGCCUCAGGCUGCCACGAUCACGGGGAUGCAACAGCAACAGCAACAGGAAGCAUUCAUGAGGGUGGAGGAAGAAAGUCGAGAUUGUGUCUGACUAAUCGGCACGUGCCGCAAUAUCCGCCGUAGCCGCCCGCAUCGUCCCUUUUGCAUCGAAUCCAUUUCCACAUUGAAGCCACUCCUGCGCAUCAUUCGCCUACAUGACCGACCAGCUCAAACGCAAGCGCUCCAGAGUUGCCUGUGCGCCAUGUCGCGAGCGCAAGCGCAAAUGCAACGGGGGAGAUCCGUGCACCACCUGUCUCGAAUGGGGCUAUGACUGCUGCUACGGCACACCCGCCAGCCUGAAGAAACAGAAGAACUCGAAUCCGUCCAUCCCGACCAGCUCCGCCUCGCCGGGAAGACCCCCGGAUUCUGAUGCUCUAGACUCUCUCCCUCAAACCUCCGCCCCCGACCCGCACCGCAUCACCCGCUCCCUGGAGGCCAACUCCGGCGCCGCCUUCGUGCGCAAUCUCGGCCUGAAGGUCGACUCCUCCAAUGCCCCGCGACUGAAUCUGUUUGGCUGGAAUAUCGGCGAGCGCCGCCUGCCGUCGGGCCUCGGCAACGGCGCCGUCUCUGCGCUGCCGAUCGUCGAUAUCCUGUCGCGCGACGACAUGAAGGCCUUGGCGGGGAUCUACUUCGCCAAGGUCGAUCCGUGCUACGGCUUCAUCGACUCGCGCCAGUUCUACGAGCGCCUGGACGAGCGCUGGCGGUCGCCCCUGAGCUCCGGCGUCUACGAUAGCGUGCUGGCCGGCGUCGCCGCGCUGGGGUCCCUCUUCUCGCAUCGCAUCAUCGACGUGACCGAGCUGCUGCUGGUCGAGUCGGCGCGCUCCAUCCUCGAGCUCAAUAACCGCGGCGGCCUGCCCUGCUUCGACACCGCGACCGGCUGGACCCUGCGCGUCGUCUACAUGCGCAUGACCGCGUCGCCGCACUCGACCUGGAUCGCCAGCGCCACGCUGAUGCACCUGGUCGAAGCCCUGGGCCUGCACCUGGAGUCCGCCGGCGAGACCAUCCUCUCGCGCCGCGUGCACUGCAGCCCCGACAUCCGCCGCCGGCUGGUCGGCGUCGCGCGCCACCUGAACAUGUGGGUGUCCUACGACCUGGGCCUGACGCGGGUGAUCGUCUGGAACGACCAGUGUCUGGCGCCCGCCGCCAAACCGGGCGACUACACGACCGAGCUGCUGGGUCUGCUGCCCGUGUCGGCGAGCCUGGGGCCCGAGAAGUCGCCGGACGACCGCGACCUGGAGGCGUCGCUGCGGGCCAUCCUGGACGGCCGCCACACGCAGCCGCCGUCGGUCAUGGCGCAGUGCAACCUGGCGCUGUGCCUGCUGCGGCGGCUGCUGGUGAUGAACGCCAGCACGUCGUCGGCCGUCAAGGAGCGGGUGCUGGCGCUGUUCCGCAGGGCGCUGCAGGGCGCGCGCAGCAUGGCCAUGAACUGCUGCCCGUGGCACCACAUGGCCAACGUGCCGUUCCAGAUCAUCGGCGUGCUGCUGGACAUGGACACGCGCGCGUCGCUGGCCCUGCUGCCUGAGGCCAUGCAGACGCUGAAGUUCGUGGCGUCCACCUAUGACACCGACACGAUGCGCGAGGCCUACAGCACCGCGUGUCUGCUGGUGCGGCUGUACCAGCGCCGCCGGCAGGAGGACGUCGACAUGCUGAGCGGGCUGGUGAGCACGCAUCAGCAGCCGGACCCCGAGGUCCCGGCGGAGCAGACCGGGGCGAGUCGCGAGGAGAUCUCGUGGCUGGAGGAUCUGGUGGCGGAGAUGCCCAGUCUGCAGGGGAUCAAUCUGUACGAGUCGCUGGAUGACGAUGUGAUGAAUCUAUUUCCGACGAAUCUGUAAAUACGUAACGUCCAUACGGUGGUCCAUACAGGAUUGUCCAUACAGGAAUGGUGCAAUGUGAACAUGCAUGUGAAAAUUUCUCAAUUGCCCGGGGACGACGAUCCUUUAUAUAGUGGCGCAUCCCUCGCUUCAC